GGGGCCAGUUGACCUCACGCUGGCCUGGACUCUGCGGCCAUUUAGCCGGUUCCCUUUUCAGUGGAGGCCGCGCUGCAUUCCAAGUCCUCGAGGUGGGGGGAGCGGUACUUCCCGGAACUUGAGGAAGGGCGUUUACUCAGCUGAUAAAGCCAACUCCAGCGUGAAAUUGAGGGCCUCCAUUACCGAAGGAGAUGCGCGCGCCCGUGCCAGAGCCCCAGCCUGGAGACCUGAUCGAGAUUUUCCGCCCUUUCUACAGACACUGGGCCAUCUACGUUGGUAAUGGAUAUGUGAUCCACCUGGCCCCACCAAGUGAAAUCGCAGGAGCUGGGAUGGCCAGUCUCAUGUCUGCGCUGACCGACAAGGCCAUAGUGAGGAAGGAUCGGCUGUGCGACGUGGCCGGGAGAGACCGGUACCAGGUCAACAAUAAGCACGAUGACAAGUACUCGCCGUUGCCUCCCAACAAGAUUGUCCAGCAGGCAGAGGAGCUGGUGGGCCAGGAAGUUCUCUACAAGCUGACCAGCGAGAACUGCGAGCACUUUGUCAACGAGCUGCGCUACGGGAUCCCCCGCAGUGACCAGGUCAGAGAUGCCAUCAUGGUAGCUGGCAUCGCAGGAGCGGGCCUGGCAGCCAUAGGCCUCAUUGGAAUCAUGUUCUCAAGAAACAAGAAACAAAAGCAAUGACUUGAAGGGACUCUCUUGUCAGCAGUGAAUUUAUGCAUUAAGGGGGCCUUCUUUGCUAGAGGGUUUGAGGUUUGGUUUGUGGAUUUAUUCUGUUUUACAAUAAGGCUUAUUUUCACAGAAUAAAAUAAAGUCCAAUGAAGGAGGAUUUUAUUGGGGGAAGUGCAGCAAGAACUGCCUGGCGUGGUCUGUUGAGGGUGCAGCUACGCUCUGUUCCUGAUGAUGCCAUGUUGUUCUCUGCCUCUUCGGUGAUUUUCUUUCACUUUCUAUUUGUGGGCUGCAUUCUUUACGUGCAGGAAACAAAGUCCGGCUCCGGUUAUCUCAAGUAAUGGGGGCUUCUAGUGGUGAGGAUACAGGUGGGCAGCAAGGGAGACAGACAAACCGGACUGAUAUUCAAGAACAGGAACCACUGCACACCCAGGACCUUUGGCCUGGAGCUAGACCCAGGCUGGCUUCCAGGACUUAGUAGCUGGAGUCUAUGUCCGUGGGGUUCAAACCUCAGCCAUAAGGAAAGACUGUAUGCUCUUGCCAAUCUUGUUAAAAUCUCCUUUAUCUCCCUCUGAUCUCCACAGCUUUUCUCAGCCUUAUCACUUCCACCCCGCAGCACUCCUACGUCCUCUCCACUUGGGCUGUCACGACACCCCUCCCCCCACCGCCCAGUCUCUGAUCCCACACCCGCUCCUAAGGCUUCUCUCCCCACAUCUGCUCAGUUUCAUCCCUGCCUGUGGCCUGCGAGGUGCUCCCAACGCAAGCUCCUGAGAGAGAAUCUGAUUGGCUCAGCUCACCACGCUUAGCCUACAGAUUGAUUGGCUGCCAUUGGGUCAGGUGGCCCCACUAGGCCAAUCAGCUCUGCCCAGUGGGGCCAGGUCACGUGGUACAAAGUUGCCUCAGGGUUUUCGGGGUGGGGGUGUGGCUCAUCCCGUGCCUGAUGUAGGUGCAGCUGAGCCCUCGCGGGAGGGUCUGGGGGCGAAGGGACGACCCUUCAUGGUUGGUCCUUUGAGGUCUCCUGCUGUUGUUCGCUGGGCUUGGCAGGUGUUCAAAGUGACCAUCUUCCUGAAAGGGGCUUUUGUGGGUUCCUCAGAAGUACCCUGCUGGGGCCGACUGUCCUUCCCUCCACAGGGCAAGUCUUCUCCUCUGUCUGCUUGCGAAUGUUUCCUUCGUCAGCCCUGGUUGUCUGGGGACCAUCAAUCUUUUGGAAUCCUGGACAGGACUUACAAAUGGCUCCUGGCCAGCUCCCUCCUGCUUGGCCCACAUCUGGUCCAGGAUAAGCUUGUGCCCAUUCAUGACCCAGCAUUGAUGUAAGAGUAGUGUCUCCCAGUGUAGUUUUCUUCCUUUUUGUUUCAGUUCUGUUGAUGUCACAUGUCGUGCCAGUUCUCAAGCUCCCCAAACCCAAGGGACACGGGCCCAAAUUAAAGGGUGGGUUUCUUGAAGCCCCCCUCUGUCGCAUGGCGUAAGGUGAUGCAGAGGCGUGGAGCAUAAACCUCCAAACUAAUUAUCGAGUAAAAAGGAAUGAAGUAGAAUAAACACAAGAAAGCAAAACUAAAACACCCAGUUCAAUUACAAAAUAAACAUUACAUACAGAAAGUGGGGUGUGUAGAAAUGACCAGAGAAGACGGAAGAACUAAUUCCAAAUAUAUUGGUAAUGACCAUAAGUAUAUAUGGACUAAAUUUGCCAAGUAUAAGACAAACAUUAUGCUGGAUUAGACAACUAAUCCAGGGAAUACUGUCUACAGCAGAUCCAAUUGAAAUAUAAGGACACAAAGACUGAAGUUAAAAAGAUGGACAUUGUGCAUGGUAACUCAUCUGAUGUCUUUAAAACAUUGUUAUCAAGGAGAAAAAUUGGCGGUGUGUAUAAACUGUCCUAGACUGAAAAACAUGUUGGAGACAAAACAACUAAGUGUGAAAAACAACUAUAAAUGCAAUUUGGGAUAAUAGGGAAAAUUUGAAUAUGGACUGGGUGUUUAAGAAUAUUAAGAAAUUAUGAAUUUUAUUAAGUGUGAAAAUGGUAUGAGAUUUAUGUAAAACACAUGACCUUAUUAAAAAAUAGAUGCAGAUAUAGCAAAUAUGACAAAACAAUAAGUUUUUAAUCUAUGUAUUGUGUAUAUGGGUAACCACUGUACUAGUCUUUCUAGUACUUUUUGUAUAUUAAAAUUUUUACCUAGUAAGCAUCUGAAAAGUAUCUGAAAUUUGAACUUGAAAAUUUAAAUAAACUGAAACUUUUGAAAUUAUUUCAAAAGUUUAUUAUUAUUUUGAAUUAAUUCAAAAUAAAUUAUAUAAUAAUUUUUUUUAAUUAAAAGAAGAUGUGCUAGGCAAAUACUAACUAAAAACUGGUUAAUUAGUUAAUACUAAUUAACUACAAGCUGGUAUAUCUAUAAUCAUAUCAGACAAUAUAGGCUUUAAACCAAACAUGAUUACUGGACAGAAAAAAGAUAAAAGGUGUGUCAUAAUGAGAAAUACAUUUGGUCUUUAUCCUUGGUUCUUGGCCAGAGCUCCUAAAACCCUUGGAAUUUCCUGAGUGAUAGGCAUGUCUUCUCCUGUUCCUAAGGAGCCCCUUUUGAUCAACCUGAGUUUGUCCUAAUGAGGAGACUUAGGGUGGGGACACUAAGAUAGCCUUAAGAUGGGGCUGGUCAUCAGAAAGACCAAGUGAUUAGAGGGUUGGAACUUUCAGGCUACUGAUCUCUAAGAAGGGGAGGUGAGGGGUGGGCAAGCUGAAGAUUAAGCUCUAUAAAAACUCUUGAUCAAGGAGACUUGAUGAGCUUCCUGCUGGUGAACAUAUGGACGUAUCAGGAGAGUGGCUGCCUGAAGAGGGCAUGGAAGGUCCUUGCCCACACACCUUGCCCUAUGCAUCUCUUCCAUUUGGUUGUUGCUGAGUUCUGUACAUUAUAAUAAACGGGUAAACAUAA